AUGGAGGUACAGAGCUGUUCCCUAUCACCGAGUCGACUACCCCGCGUCGCUGUUGUCGGCUCAGGCGCUAUCGGACUCACGCUGUUUGGAAAACUUGUCUCUCUGUACCGAGCUAGUUCCCAGAGCUUCUUCUCAAGCUUGACGCUCGUUUGUCGUACCGAGGAGAACGCCCGGUGGAUCACCAGCCGGGGCGGUAUCGCCCUGUAUCACGCUUCCAAAACCGAGACACCAGCCACAUGCGCCUCCGGAGACCUCGAAUGGUGUGCGCUGCAACCUCCUGCAGUGAACGUCGUGGAUCAACAACGCUUCGCAGAGACUCCAGUGGACCUCGCGCUGGUCUGCGUAAAGAGUCAUCAGGUCGAAUCUGUCGCUCCGCUUCUGCGACGCAUGUUCGAGCGUCAUCGCGAGGCUGGUGUUGUGGUUCCCCUCUGCAACGGCAUCGGGCAUGUGGCUCGUUUGGCGACUGCGCUGCCUGCGGAUGUCGCUGUGUUACCAGCAGUAACCUACUUGGCAGCGGAGCGGAUCGAACGGCAUACCGUUAAGAUUCACGGAGCGGGCGCAACCUACGUGCUCGUGAGGGGUAGCUCGCAUGCGUCAAUGGAGACGCGUCCGAAGCAGGCAAUAAACGCCUUCUCUCGCGAAGCAUGCAAUGCCGCGAACACGGCAGACCAGACGGAGAGACUGAGAACGCUCCCAGCAAGCGAAGGUGUCGGUGCAACGCGGCUGCCGGCACCAGCGCCCAACGCUUCCAGUUCGCCAGCGUUACCAGUCGUUACCGGACAAGCAGCGCUUGCGUACCCUGUUGGUACCAUGCUGCAGCCGGAGACGCUCCGAGCGACCCGGCGGUUCCAGGAUGAUAUGCACUCUGAACCAUGGGGCCCUGCACUGCAUCUGAGCGCCGCACAGUGCCGCUUACUGGAUGAGGAUCGCGGCCUCUGUGCCUGGCUGAAUGCCGCUCGACUGGGUCCAGCGCUUGUAACCAAUGACGAGCGACCUUUCGUGGAGAAAUUGGCGGUGAAUUGCGGUGUCAACGCGGUCGCUACCUUGCUUGGCGUGCGAAACGGUGAGCUGCUGCAUCUUCCAGACGCCUGGCAGGUUACCGAGUCCGCUGCAAUGGAGGUGGCGACCCUGUUUGGCCUGCCGCACGCAAGCAUCGGGCCACGGCUUCGACAGAUUGUCGAAGCGACCUCCGGCAACGUGAACUCGAUGCUAAGCGAUGUGCUUGCGGGUCGCGUUACGGAAGUUGAUGCGCUGAACGGCGCUGUGGCUCGACUGUCUAUCUCGAGAACGAAUCGACCUUCGGUGGUGAACGCGACGCUAGCAGCGCUCGUGCGCGCUCUGUCUCAGCGUCAGCAUCAAGCAGAGUGCUGCAUUGCCACGCCACAGCAAACCCAUCCUCCCGACACGAUUCACAGGUAG